CACUUUGCGAUAAAUAAAUGGGUUUUGGGUUGCAAUUUGGGCACUCGGUCUCGAAAAGGUUCGCCAUCGCUGACUUACAGCUUACCGUAUUAGUAAAAGCUUCGUCUAUACAAUUCCCGCUUGGCCAUGCAACCCAAGAACUGGGGGAAGGAAGAGCAGGAGAGCUUUUUUUUCUGAAUUGUAGAAAGGGAAGUCGUUCAUGCAUUCCUCUUUGACCUAAAAAAAAGGUAAAACAAGAAGAGCAAAAUGGGUUGUUCGUUGUGCACCAACUACAGAGCAGGCUUUACGGCAGCUCGCAAGGCCUCCUUUUCCUCCCUUAGCAACUGUUGCUAAGGGCUGCAUAGAUUAAGGGACCAAGAGGGAGAGAAACAGCGCGUGCGCACUGGGGUAGAGCGAUUGCAAGAGAGCAGGGUUUUUACUUCGGGGGCGAAGCCAUUUCUUCCAGCAGGGGGAGGCUGUGUAAGAAGCACUGGAAGAUUCCAUGUUCGUCUACGCAGGGGUGCAAGCGGCUAUAUCCGACAAGCUGGGUGCUGGGCUUACCUUCUGCCGCCAUGCCCAAUCUGGAACCUGAGCAGCUGUCCAUCAGGGAAAUGAGAGAGGAUGAGGCGUCAAUUGUUUUGGAGCUUUUGAAGGAUGGAUUCAAGGACACAGAAAACCGUUUGAUAUUGUAUGUGCUGACGCGGCCAUUAGCUCUGCUGUUGAUGGCCGUGGUGAGCAGCGGCCUACGCUUCUUCCUGAACUCUUUUGUGGUAGCGCUCGUGGUGCCGGUGCUGGUCACCGUCGUGGCUCUGAAACUCCUGCUGUGGCGUUCGCCGGACCUGAAGCAACUGUAUGCCUAUUACAGCGCUGGCCACCGUGGGCUCUGGGUGGCUGUGUAUGAUGAAGACGAUGUGUGCGGCUGUGUGGCUCUGGAGCCCCGGGAUGAGGAACCCCACACUGCCGAACUCAAACGCUUGGCCGUUAAUCGCUGGUACCGGCGUUCUGGUGUGGGCCGCCACCUCCUCAGGUUCCUAGAAACUCAGGCUCGUGCUCAGGGGUUCAAGUUCCUGGUGGCCCAGGUGUCCGUUGUCACCAAGGCGGCCAUUGGGCUCUUUGAAAGCAGUGGCUACAGCGUGAGGAGUGGGCGCCGGUGGCUGGGGUACACUGUUCAGCAGGUGUUCAGCAAGGAGCUGUAGCAUCCGCACCUAUGGAUUAAGUGUCCGAGCUGCUCCAGGGACAGUGUUUGGUGUUGAUUUGGGGGAAAGCACAAAGUUCCCAAAACAGGCUGUGCUGGGCAAGCCAUCUCUAGGCUUCAAGCAUGGUGGCUUUUUUCUGCCUGGGAUGCUACAGUGCUGCACACCAUCAGACAUCGCUCUGGAUAAAGGACUGUUGUUUGAGCCCACAGCCGAUCAUUGCAUGCCAUGGCCUGUCCGUGAGGAGUUGCAAGGACAGCCAUCCCAAAUAUUUCUCCCUCAUUUUGGGGAACUGGAAUAGACACCAUCUGUAACCUUGUCAUUUGUUUCAGGCUGUGUAUAGUCUGCUGGGAACAUCCAGUUCUUUUGCAGGAUGGCCUCAAGUCCUAUGAUCAGAGUCACUUACACAUAUCAAACUAGCUGGCACAGUUGCUUUUCAUAAUUUAUCCUCAUACAGAAAACAUUACACGUAGUACUUCAACCUGACCAGCAAGUUACUUCCCAACACAAUUGCAACAACAACGUUUGCAACCCCAAGAAGCACACUCUCACUCCCUGCUCCCUCCUCUGGUAACGUAAUUAAAGCUAAG